AUGGCGCUGAGUCAGGGGAGAAGGUCAGCAUCAAGGUCAGGGGAGAAGGUCAUCAAGGUCAGGGGGAGAAGGUCAGCAUCAAGGUCAGGGGGAGAAGGUCAGCAUCAAGGUCAGGGGGAGAAGGUCAGCAUCAAGGUCAGGGGGAGAAGGUCUCAAGGUCAGGGGAGAAGGUCAGCAUCAAGGUCAGGGGGAGAAGGUUCAGCAUCAAGGUCAGGGGAGAAGGUCAGCAUCAGGUCAGGGGGAGAAGGUCAGCAUCAAGGUCAGGGGGAGAAGGUCAGAUCAAGUCAGGUCAGGGUCAGGGGAGAAGGUCAGAUCAGCAGGUCAGAGAAGUCAGGGUCAGGAGAAGGUCAGCAUCAAGGUCAGGGGGAGAGGUCAGCAUCAAGGUCAGGGGGAGAAGGUCAGCAUCAAGGUCAGGGGAGAGAGGGUCAGCAGCAUCAAAGGUCAGGGGGAGAAGGUCAGCAUCAAGGUCAGGGGGAGAAGGUCAGCAUCAAGGUCAGGGGAGAGAAGGUCAGCAUCAAGGUCAGGGGGAGAAGGUCAGGGUCAGGGGGAGAAGGUCAGCAUCAAGGUCAGGGAGAGGUCAGCAUCAAAGUCAGUCAGCAUCAAGGUCAGGGGGGAGAAGGUCAGCAUCAAGGUCAGGGGGGAAGUCAGGGUCAGCAGCAUCAAGGUCAGGGGAGAAGGUCAGCAUCAAGCAGGGUCAGCAUCAAGGUCAUCCAUCAAGGUCAGGGGGAGAAGGUCAGCAUCAAGGUCAAGCAGCAUCAAAGUCAGGGAGGGUCAGGGGAGAAGGUCAUCAAGGUCAGGGGGGAGAGGUCAGCAUCAAGGGGGUCAAGGUCAGCAUCAAGGUCAGGGGGAAAGGUCAGCAAGGUCAUCAGCAUCAAGGGUCAGGGGGGAGAAGGUCAGCAUCAAGGUCAGGAGAAGGUCAGCAUCAAGGUCAGGGGGAGAAGGUCAGCAUCAAGGUCAGGUCAAGAAGGUCAGGGGGGAGAAGGUCAGCAUCAAGGUCAGGGGAGAAGUCAGCAUCAAGGUCAGGCCAGCAUCAGGGCUCCAGAGAAGGUCAGCAUCAAGGUCAGGGGGAGAAAGGUCGAUUCAUCUCAAGGUCAGGGGGAGAAGUCAGCAUCAAUCAGGGGGAGACGUCAGUUUCAGCAUCAAGGUCAGGGGGAGAAGGUCAGCAUCAGGUGGAGCAUCAAGGUCAGGGGAGAUCAGCAUCAAGCGUCACAGCGCUCAGCAUCAAGGUCAGGGGAGAGGUCAGCAUCAAGGUCAGGGGGAGAAGGUCAGGUCAGGGGAGAAGGUCAGCAUCAAGGUCUCAGGGUUCUGUCAUCCAGUCAUCAAUCACAGCAGCAUCAAGGUCUUCAGCACAGGUCAGGGGGAGAAGGUCAGCAUCAAGUCAGGGGAGAAGGUUCAGCAUCAAGGUCAGGGGGAGAAGGUCAGCAUGUCAGGGGGAUCAGCAUCAAGGUCAAAAAAAAACACGAAAUUAAAUGGCUUUCGAAGCUGACGUGUUAUGAAGGACACCCUGUAACACCUACGCACACGAAAGCCACUCCAAUUAGCGAUAUUCCCUGA